GCGCUAUCUCUGAAGCUCACACCCUUUAAUCUGCUGCGGCGACGAUUGGCAGCAGCAGCAUUCUUGCUCUUGGACCCUCAGUACCCUCUAUCAUGGCCCCAGAUGGGUCGGAUUGGCGCGACCGCUCUACCCCUUCCACCCCACCCGGCAGGGGACAACCUGUGCUCUCUCGAGGCCCAUUUCGUGGCCGCUUCUAUCCCAGAGGACGAAGCGGUCCGCCUGGUCCCAGGGGCCAUGGUCAUCCCUCCGUACCACGUAUUCCCGGCAAGAAUAUUCUCGAGGGGCUUUACCCAAGCACGAUUCAGGUGAUUGAGAAACCGGCAGAGGUACCAGCAGGCGAUGACAUCGUGAUUGGCGAUGUCCAGUACAUUACAUCGUACAGUUGGGCGGAGGGUGAUGAGCCUACGAUCCUUGUCCCCGGUUCUCCUCGGCUGUGGAAAAACGACCUGCCGUUCCCGUUCCGUGCCCCUCGGGACAGUGGUAUCGUGUUCGUCUACCAGAAUGGCCACAGAUGUCCCUCGUACCCGCUGCUCCCGCUCUUUGUGGCAGCCGAUACGAUGGAGAGCGAUGGCCAUUCCCCGACGACAUGGAGCUCGGUCGACAUCGUCACGGAUCGCAACAACCUGCGGAAGCUCUGGUCGUUCGUGGAGAACCCGGAGCCGAGCGACUUCCGUAUCGACUUGGAGCUCGUGGGGCCGUGGACGGUGCUGAUGCAGAGGUGGGAAGAGCGGACGGCCGAAGAAGUGGAGAUGCGGGGCUUUGGAGGCUAUGGCGACUCGUUCGAGCAGACAUGCACCACCACUGCGCCUGGGUGCGAACGCGGAAUUUUUGCAGGGCAUCAUAGGGUUAUCUCAUAUGACAUGUCAGGGCUCAAGCUAGUCGUGCGAUGUGAAGUAGAUGCGUGCUUUGCUCCAGAAGAGGCCAGUGCAGAGGUCGGCGACCAAUCCCAAAAUAACGCCAGCAGUCCUGACGAUGACCUGACGAACGCACUUAAAUCUCUAAGCAUCUCCUCUUCCUCGAACACACCCGCUUCGGCAACUACACUUCAAAAGCAGGGGCUUACAGUCGUCAAAGCCGGCUCCAUCAUCCCUCAGUCCUCCCUGAUCAAAGUGAAAUCACGCUCCGAGCAGAGUAUGACCUCUUUACGCUGGUACGAGAUCUAUCCGCAACUUCUGCUGGGGCAAACAUUCCACUCGAUGAUCGGCGUGCACCGCUCUGGCGAGUUCUCCAAAGUGCGGCACGUGGAACUUGACUCGCCCGAGCUGGAGGACGUCGCGCGCUCUGCGCAGUCUGGGCUCCGGAAGCUCAGGUGGCUACUCGAGGAGAUCCAGCACGCCGCCAUGGAGCGCGGGCAGGACGCCAAGCUCAGUUUGGUGUGCAGGCAGGGCAUGCUCGUGCUCAUGAAGAGAACGUCCUCAGCUUCGCUUCUUCCGGUGGAUGUUCUCAAGCGCUUCGAGGUAUAGUUGCGCGCUGUGACGCAGGUAUGC